UAUAUUUACCUUAAAUUUUGUGUUACGCAUCAAUUUUGACUUCUAUGACGAUGUACUUAUUUUUUGCAGAGUUAUGUCCAUUGAACGUUAGAGAUAUGAAACUUUGUUUUCUGGACUUGGUUUUGCAAUCCCUGAAGAUAAUUAGAUGAAAUGUUGUAUAUAGCUUUAUCCUGUACCGUUGCAGAUGUAGUUUAACUUUCAUGGUGAUUUACCCAUUUUUCACAGAGUUAUGCCCCUUGAAUUUAGAAGACACAAGAACGUGUUGGGUCCAGUAGGGGGCAUGUAUAACUUUGGCAGUACUCUCAAGAUGGUUGUUUCAAAUUAAUCUGAUUUUUUUUUUCCUCAGUAAAACGUAUGGUAUGUCAAGAUGCAGUGUUGAUUACAUUGCUUUGCUUGAAGAUUAAAUACAGUGGUUUGCUUCGAACGUAAAUACAAUGAUUUGCGUUUAAUUUAAAUAAAGUGAUUUGCUAAAUUGAAUAUAUUGGGGUUUUUUAAUUAAAUUACAAAUCUGAACUUGAAUUAAAUGCUUUUUACUUUUAUACAGACUUUCCAGUUCGUCACGAAAGAUCACGAUUUGGCUUGAGAAAAUAAAUUAGUGUGGGCUGUUUUAUAUUUCCCAGUAUGUCAAGAUCCAUAUUAUAUUUCGACUUGUUUUUUUUCCAUUUGUUUUCACAUUUGUCUACAGGCAUAGCUAUUUAUUGUAUUUUUAAUCAUGUUUGUUUUGAUCAAUACAUUUCAGCAUGUCAGGCUACCUAUGGAUUUAACUGUAACAUGUCGUGUGAUGCCAGACACUGUCGUGGUAGUAAGGACUGUGACGUGUUUUAUGGAAACUGUACAGGUAGUUGUCAAGCUGGCUGGGAGUUACCUGACUGCACAACUGAAUGUCAAGGUGGUACAUUUGGGCCCGGAUGUCAGUCAAAGUGUAGUGAACGACACUGUAAAGGAGACAGCUCAUCUUGUGAUGCUCAGAAUGGUUCAUGUCAACAUGGCUGUCAGCCGGGAUGGAAGAGUCCAAGUUGUAAUAUUCCAUGUGACAGUGGUAUAUAUGGCGCCGAUUGUAAAUUCAAGUGUAAACAAAGACACUGCAAAGAGAGUACGUCCAGCUGUGAUCACGUAACUGGUUCUUGUGACGGUCCGUGUCAGAAUCGAUGGUUGGGGAUCGACUGUACAGGUUGUGACGGGAAGUAUGGACCAGACUGCAGUUUGUCAUGCGAUGACAGACACUGCAAGGAUGGCGACGCACCGUGUGAUCACGUGACGGGAUCUUGUAGUGGACCAUGUCGGGCCGGUUGGCAAGGUGACACAUGUACAGACAUUUGUGAUGCAGAUAAUUAUGGUCAGACUUGUGAAUCAAUAUGUGCAGACAGACAUUGCAAGGGGGAACAACUCUGCCAUCAUGAACUGGGAUACUGCAAUGGCGGGUGUCUGCCAGGGUGGACAGGACUUACAUGUGUUGAAGCCCAAACCGCUACAGACUGUAACUGUGAUUCCGCCAUUAUUGCCCUUUCCGUUGUGGCUGGUGUGCUUUUUGUACUGUUGGUCAUAGUGACGAGUGUUUUAUUCUGGCACAUUAAAACUCACAGAAUGAAGUCAGACUCGUAUCAGCAAGAGAUGAGAAAAACAAACACGGACCCAUCCAGCCAUCCUACAGACCCCAGUGCUGUAGAAUAUGAAAUCGUCGAUAGACAAGAUGGCGGCCACAACAGUCCCAGAGGUUCCAGUUCCCAAGACGUCGCCGUGUCUCACUCGACCAAUUCUCCGAGAUCACGUGAUCAAAUGGAUGCCCAGCCGAGUAAUUUUGACAUUGGGGGUGGCUAUGUUAAUGCAGGCCAAACGAAUGAAUACGAAAAGCUUGAUUUAUCCAACCCACCGGAAAAUGACUACGAUAGGAUAACUGGUGUUUAGACAAACGGCAAAUAAUAUUCCUGACGAUAUCAACAUUCGGUUGACGAACGUUCAAACUUUUACCUUGCGGUUUUAAACAGGCAUUGUCAUUAUGGGAUUUAUUACACAACGACUCGAGAUAUCGAACUAGAAUGUUGUGUGUAACUUUAUCGAAUUGGGUUACGGCUCAAGUUUGAUUUUCAUGAGGAUUUAGCCGUGUUUUAACAGUUACGGCCUUUAAAUUUAGACGAAUCUUAAAUAAAUGAUCGCACAAAAAUAAAUAAAAAUCAUGGCGUGUGGCACUCUGUUAUACUUUGAUACAAUGUAUUUUCAUCACAAUCCUACUUUUGUAUACUACAAUUUUUGUAUUUUGACCCCCUAAACGGAAUUUCGCAGAUACCCAACAUAUAUUUAUCUACUAAUUUAAUAUUACCAUAUGUUUGACAUGCAAUAGCCGAUGAUUAAUAAAUCAAUGUGCUCUAGUGGUGUCGUUAAACAAAACAAACUUUAACUUUAACAUAUAUAUAGACAAACAAACAAGACAGAUUGGUAGAUAGGUAGACAUGCAUACAUACAUACAUACAUACAUACAUACAUACAUACAUACAUACAUGUCCGGAUAGCCUAGAAUGCAUAGUGGUUAGGCUGCAAUUUGUGGGCGAUUAGGUGCAACAGUUUCGAGUCCCAGCAACGGCAUGGGACAAUUUGUGAGGCCAGAAAGGAUUUAAUUAUCCCCUGCGGCAGGGCGUUAAUAUCUCUGUAUAUAAUAGUUAACCUCGACAUACACACAAUAUAUAGAUAUUAAUACAUCAGUACAUAUUAACCAGUGUCAGGUCUGCCCACUGAGUCAUGGACAUAAGCGAAAUCGACCGCGUAGCUUCUAGGCCCCAUGCAUAUGGUUGAGUUACAGAGCAUCAGGUUUAUACAUAUUCCAUGAUUUUUUUCUUCUGUUAUUACUUAAUGAAAUACUAACAUCUUCUUAAUGAUAUAUAACGAAAGCAAUUUCUUCUUUUAAAUGAUAACUUUUUAAGUAAGUAGUAGGCAUGUGCUUUGACAGACAAGUCGCGAACACUAGAAUGUAGUAUAAUAUUUUUUCUUGGACUAAUAAUUGUAUUAGUAAAUAAAUAAAUACCUCCACGUUCUUUUUGAAAUAAAGGUUGUUGGGUAAAUAUAUUUAGUGUUGUCUUUUAAUCUGCUACUCGUCAAAGAAUAAACUUUGCCGGCAUUAUCGUUGUGACGGUACAUGCUCUUAAAUUUGUUUCGCCUGUGGCGAUUUUAAUUGUGUUAGAGGGCCGUGUGCAGUUUCAUUGCCC